AUGUACGCCGACAGGGUCUCCGGGCGGAAGCGCUCCGUCAGGGACCGCCUCGGCUCCGGAGGCGGCGGCGGAGGCUCUCGCCCGCGGCCCGACUCCGCCAAAAGGUUUCGCCAAGUUGAUGGGACUUGGAGGCGUGAGCUCUACAAGGAUUCUGUGGGAACCCAAAGUCCAUCUGUACUUGCUUCCAGAAAUCUCCAAGCAGUCCAAAAAUCACACUUUAGGCAAAGCACCCAGGUUGUGAGGAGAUCAUCAGUUCCAGAUCUUCGUGAAAAGUUAUCUGGAGUUCGACGCCCUCAACUCAGUAGCAAAAUUCAGGUCCCAGAACCUGUAGCUGAGAUUGCUAAGAGUGCUAAACCUGUUCAAAAGAGGAAACUCCCUGCUGCUGCUGCUGCUGCUGCUGCUGCUGCUGCUGCUCCUCCUCCUCCUCCUCCUCCUCCUCCUGCCCUUCCUGUCACUCAAAAAGUAAACGCACCAACUGCACCCAAGCAAUCCCAGGAAAAGGCUGAUACCUCGCUUGACAGAUUGCUUAAGUCUCUUGAUCUGGAGAAGUAUUCCAUAAAUUUCCAGGCUGAAGAGGUUGAUAUGAAAGCACUGGUUCACAUGAAUGAGGAAGAUAUGAAGUCUUUAGGAAUUCCAAUGGGCCCACGGAAAAAGAUACUAUCGGCAUUGGCUUCCAAGAGAAAGAAGUCCUCAAAAUCACUACCACCUACCAGCUGAAUGCAUCUUGAGCCGUGGUUAGCUAGAUGACUUGUUGAUUUUGGAUGUGCCUAGCAUCAUGAUCAUCCUGUGUUGUAACUCCAUUAGGGGUGAGAUUUCUAUCUAUCGAGACAGUGUAUAAAUGUAGAACUAUGUGAUCUCGCAAUGGUGGGUAAUGCAAGACAACUAACAGUCCAUAGGAGAUCUGCUCCAAUGGUUACCUGGAAUAUAUGGAUCUGGUUUACUAUGCC